ACCGAUGAGCACUGUCUUGAAUAGGAAUCCAAUCAAAUCGGAUUUCCACUCUGAAAUGAAGGUAGGAAACAUGUCUGGCAUGAGAGACGCGAAAGCAGAGGAGGACUUCUGACUCUUCAUCUCUGGGUCUUUCGCCUGCGCGCCUCGGACAGAGAAGAAAGAGGAACUAAAGGAGCCCACCGAAGGAGGGAUGUCGCGAUGCUGUGCACCAGAAGGACUAAAACUUUGGUGUCAACAUGCGUGGUACUGAGUGGCAUGACCAACAUCUUAUGUCUACUUUACGUCGGCUGGAUUACCAACUAUGUGGCGAACAGCGGUCCUAAAGUUGCGGAGAUGAGCGGCGAGGCGGAGAGAAAGUUAGAGGAGGACAGCAAAGGAGAGACCCUGAGGAUAAUCGAGAGGCUGGACAAGCUGGAGAGCGUCGUCAAUGAACACAUCAAAGAUAAACCCCAGAAGGAAGAUGAAGAUGAUUCAUCCUCAUCACCCUCAAACCCAAGACCCUCACUAUUUGAUCACUGGGGUCAUGACCUGGGCCCAGAAAGUCGAAGAAUUGCCAUCAAAAAGUUCCGCUAUUAUGGUUACAACAGCUACCUCAGUGAUCGGCUUUCCAUCACUCGGCCGAUCCCGGAUUUCCGUCCGGACGGAUGUAAAAACAUGUGGUAUUCGCCCGACCUUCCUCAGUUGAGUAUCAUCUUCAUCUUUGUCAAUGAGGCCUUGUCAGUGCUGCUGCGCUCCGUGCACACAGCCAUCCAGAGGACUCCAUCUCAUUUACUCAAGGAGAUUAUACUAGUUGAUGACCACAGCACUAACGCGGAAUUGAAAGAGAACCUUCAGAAUUGUGUAGAUGAGAUGAAUGCUCAGCAUGGAUUGGAGUUCAUCAAAGUAGUCCAUCAUGACAAACAAGAAGGACUGAUCAGGUCCAGAGUCAGUGGGUGGAGAGUUGCUUCAGCACCUGUGGUCGCCUUAUUUGAUGCACAUGUGGAAUUCAACACUGGUUGGGCAGAGCCGGUUCUUCAGCGAAUAAAGGAGGACCGCACUCGGGUGGUGUCUCCCUCUUUUGACAACAUCAAAUAUGAUACAUUUGAGAUGGAAGAAUACCCAUUAUCUGCUCAGGGCUUUGAUUGGGAGCUCUGGUGUCGAUACCUCAACCCACCAAAGUCCUGGUGGUCAUUGCGCAACCACACAGCUCCAAUCAGGAGUCCCGCUCUUAUCGGAUGCUUUGUGGUUGACAGGAAGUACUUUGAGGAAAUUGGCCUACUCGAUGAGGGGAUGGAAGUUUACGGAGGGGAGAAUGUGGAGCUUGGCAUCAGGGUAUGGCAGUGCGGUGGAAGCGUAGAAGUCCUUCCUUGCUCGCGGAUUGCACACAUCGAGAGAGCCCACAAGCCUUACACAGAAAAUCUGACAGCCCUCGUGCGUCGCAAUGCUUUAAGAGUGGCUGAGGUCUGGAUGGACAACUAUAAGAGUCAUGUUUACAUGGCCUGGAAUGUUCCAUUUCAGAAUUCAGGAAUAAAUAUUGGGGACAUUUCGGAGAGACAGGCCCUGCGAUCCAAACUCAAGUGCCAACCAUUCAGCUGGUUCCUCGCCAAUAUCUACCCUGAGCUCCGAUCCUACGGUAACAUAGUUGCAUAUGGAGUGUUGAAGAAUAGUCUCAGAAAUGACCUUUGUUUGGACCAAGGACCCGACACUGACAACAUACCCAUCAUGUAUAUCUGUCAUGGUAUGACAGCACAGAAUGUGUAUUACACUAGUUCCCAGCAACUUCACCUUGGAGUGCUGAGUCCAACCAUUGAUGAUGAUGACAACAAGUGUCUGGUGGAUGUGAACAGCAAACCCAGAUUGCUGGAAUGCACCUAUGCAGCCGUCAAGCACAUGAAGCUUACCUGGACUUUCACUCCGGACGGCUCCAUCCAGAACACGGAGUCUCAACAUUGUCUGGAGAUGGUGGAAAGCAGUCAAUCCCAGUUUAGUUUCCAGCUUGCCAUUCAGGACUGCAGCGGACAAAAGUGGACCAUCACUAACAUACUGACUGUCCUACCCCAGUGAAGACAUUUUGGGACAUCUUCAUUGGAAUGGAAAAAGACAGACUCAGCUGCUACAAAACAAAAAGCUGCAAAGAACAAAAAUUUGCGUUGUAUGGGUAAGGAAAUAAUUCAAUCUGAAACUUACCGUCGGUUCCUUUCUAAUCAUUUUAUACCUGCAAUAUCUCGUGAGGGGAGACACUCACAGAUGAAUCAUGCUCACUAAACUUCUCAUUCUGUAGAAUGUAGGAGAAACACAAUUUCAUAUUCCAGGGAAUAGACCCAUGAAAUCCCCAGCUGGUUAUUACAGAAACUCCGCUCGAUAUAAAAUUUCUCCAGUUCCGCCCCGACUAUCACGUAACUAAACCAAAUUCAGUUUGGAUGGUUCCAAUCUGCUUGUGGGCUUAGGUCCACCUAUUCUCGACAACAUUAUGGGUGAUAUGCAAUUGAGUUAACUGCUAUUCUGCGCAUGAUGUUCACAAGCUCCAUGGCCUUGUACCAAGCCAAGUCGCAAUAUGCUCCAGAACAAACUUGCAUCCAUGAAAUGGAUGGAUGCCAUUAUAACAGUAGACUCAGCGGAUCUGUUUAGACCACUUUACCUUCCCACGUACCCAUAACAUACUGUACGUUGGUUCAUUACAGUACAUUUCUUUUUGUUGCACAAAUGAAGCAAUUACUCAUUAUUACCAGAUCAGUUAUUAUUAGUUCUUGGUUGAUUUAUUGAUCAUCGAAUUGUAUACCAUUAGAUCGUAUUUCAGUGCAGAGGACAAAUAUGUAUGUAUAUUCGAUUUUCUCAUGGUUAAAGCGGAUCUCAAAAUGUAAUGGCAAAAAGGGAGUACAGAUUUAAGUAGGCCUACUGUCUUUCACUUUCUUUAGUGUGGAAUAAAUUCAGUCAGAGGCAGAGCUGUCUGUCAUUUUAAGUCCACUCCAAUCAGGACGGGCAGCUACACAGACAGCAUUGUUUUGACUCUCUACAGCUUGACUAAGAAUUACAAUCAGAAUUAUCUUCACUGACCAAGUACUGCAUGUUAAAAACACACAAAUGAUCUCCAGUUAUUGGAAUUACUUUAGUACUUUUAAAAAGAAAAAAAUAUAUAUAAAGCAACAUAAAAUGGGCAAAAAUGCAGUCGUACUUUUUUGGGGGAGAAUCGGGUUAUGCAACUGACAGUUAUAAUGACAAAUGCACUAUUCUAAAAUUAAGAAAAUCAAUAUUACUGGUAUGACAGAGAUGUUUGACAAUAGAAAUACCAGUCGAUUUUUUAAGAAAUGAAUGACAAUCAAUUGGAAUCCCAGCUGGAAAAAAACAACAUGUGAAUGCACAGCAAGCAGUCUCUGCUUGAACAGCUUUGAGGUGCCCUUCUCAGUGAUAAAUUGGCUUUACUUGAGGAGAGAGCACUUGUACCUUCAAGAUACUUACGUGCUUUUAUGCUGUCACCUCACUCACACAAUGAUUUAUGGUUAAGUGAAACAAACAAAUCAUUCAUACACUGAUGGUGCAGCACCACAGCGACUGUAGGGAACAAGAAAGAGCACGACAAAAAGCCGACAUACGACGACUACAUGCCACCCACGCGCACAGUUUGACUCCAUUUUGCAAUGGACUUUUGCUGGAAAUGAAAAUAGUGUUGCUUCUGGGCUUCUUCAUUAAGGUCAAAAACCACACCACCUUAGGGUUUGAACCUGUGCCCUCAAUUACAUGGGCGUACUGUAAUGCAAAUGUGGAGAGUUACAGAUGCACUCACACUUUUAAAUAUUUGCAAGAGUUACAUGUGUAAAAAUACGUUAAAAUGAAAAUAAAUAAAUUAGCCAGUGAAAAUGACUACCAAAUGCUUGAGUGACGACUAAUGCAUUGAAUAGUAUCAAUCAAGGAGCAGAUAAAGUCAAACUUGUGCUUCAUUUUUGUAUGCGGGCGGCAGUUCAACAGUUUUAUUUAUUUAUUUAUUUAUUUAUUUAUUUAUUUAUUUAUUUAUUUAUUUAUUUAUUUAUUUAUUUAUUUAUUUAUUUAUCUAUUUAUUUAUUUAUUUAUCAGUCUGUCUGUUUGUCUGUCUGUCUGUCUGUCUGUUCGCUUGUUUAUGUUUUUAUUGAUUUGCUUACUUAUUUAAAAGCAUGUCCAGUGGAUUUUCUUUUCGUUGGACAACAGAUUGUUUUCAAUGCUAUUUUUAAUCACCAUUAUUAUGUGUUUAUGCCAUCGUGCAUGUAAAUUAUAUGGUGUAAUUAUAAAAUAUACAAACAUGUGAUCCACAAGUAUUUAUUACAUAUUUUGUGUACUACCUAACUUGUUCAUAGGUAGGCACAAAUAUAUUAUUUUUAAAUCAUCUAUAUUUUUGGCUUUUGUGGAUUUGACAAAAUGACUGCAGGUCACUAAUAAAUCUCCGAAGGCAUUAUCAAACAUCAGUUUGAAACUGACUCUUAAAUGUUAUAUUCUUCUUCAGUCCAGUCGGGCGCAGGUACUGAUUCAAAUCUGUUUAACAUAGACAAACAAAUGAAAAAUAUUUGUAUUUUAAUUUCAGCUGUGCACUUCUCAGCUACUGUGUAGCAUCCGUUAUCAAACGUGUUAAAUCUCCUUGUGACUCCGGUUUUACAACCUGACAUUUUUGUAGUUUUGGGGGAGGCUGUUGUGAUAUAAAAAAGUUCAAGCUAUUUUAUUAGUGUAUGAAAAUUAUACUAUUUACGAGAAGUGAAAAUAAAGCUAGACUGUACCACAAA